ACGCAUCGCCGGGACCGGAAUCCGUCUGUUCGUCGAGCCGUGACGACACGCGCCUCGUCUUCGCACUUCCUCGAUUCGCGAGAGAGGAAGAGGCGAGUCGUCUCGAGUACGAGUACGCGAAACGCGAUUCGGACCGACGUUCGUGUCCGCAACUGCGCAAAGUGCGGGUGGAUGUAUAGGCGGGGAGUCGCCGGUGGCGGCGGCAUGUGCGAUUCUAUCGAUCACACGCGGAUUGUCAACGGGUGUGUGCGUUCGUACGAUACGCUUAGCGUCUGCUUGCUUUCCUCGGCCGUGUAUUGUGCCGCCGCCGAAUUUCCUCGCGGAUCUGCGCGCGCGACGCCGCCGGUGAGCGUGUGCCACCGUCCUCUCAAUUCGCCCUUAAUUCGCUCGUCGUGUAACGACAUUAAUCGCGAGCUAUGUAACCACGUGCACGGGUGUUAAUAUCCGCGCGGCUUUGUACGCCGGAGCUAUAUCGGCUUAAACGAAGCCCGAGGUUGUGGUCGACGAAAAUAGACGCGGUGUAUCAAGUAUGUAUCAAUGUUUUCUUCGAUUUUUUAUAACAAUGCUAUACAUUGCACAACACAUGAUGUAUUAAAGAUACGAAGAAAGUGAAGUCAGUGAAGUUGACAAGAAUUCAAAUCGGUUUGUGGAACUAUCUGUAGCUCGAUGAUUCUCCUUGUCGUGGCGGAGUGUUGAUUAUACAUCGCUCUAUUGAAUAAGUCGCAACGUUCCGUGACAAUACGAUAAGUAUCAGAUCGUCAGAAGCGGCGGGCAAGCCAAGAUGAUUCUCCGCCGAAAGUCGCUGCACAACUGCAAUUGUCCCUGUCAUCAACACUGCUCCACCAAAUGCAAAGAAGAUGUAGAGAGUAUGACAGGCGAGAUAGAAAAUGGAGAUUUGGCAGUUCGAGACGUUGCAGACCUUCUCCAGGCACAAUAUGCUAUUAUUGCAGGAGGAAAAACGCGAGAGGGAUGUCCUAUAAUCACGUUUUCAGACAACGGCAAUUUUCACAACUUGACUGAUUUGGACUAUCAACGUCUCAUGCUGUAUCUUACUUCUGUGCCAACACUGCAAGAAGCUGAUCUUGGAUUUCAUUUAAUAAUUGAUCGAAGGAAUGACAAAUGGAAUUCAGUGAAAACCGUUCUUCUGAAAAUUUCUGCAUUUUUUCCUGGUUUAGUGCACGUCGCGUACGUAUUACGACCUGCUGGAUUUUUACAAAAAGCCAUUUCGGAGGUGUCGAAUAAAUUGUUUCGUGAGGAUUUCAAGUUCAGAGUUAUAUUCUUAGCUAACAUCGCUGAGCUUCACGAGUUCAUAGAGAAAGAUCAGCUCACGGAGCAGCUUGGUGGCGAUUUGCCGUAUUGCCAUCACACUUGGAUACAGAACAGAAUUAGCUUGGAGAAAUUUUCGUCAAUGACGCAGGACGUGUCUCUCGCGUUGGAUUCGUUUACGCGGCGUCUGGCUGAAGUAGAAUUUCCUAAUAAUACUAUUGCUACAACAACGCUAUUGUCGCAGCAACAGGCUGAGUAUAACGAGUUGAAAGAAGAGAUUCUCAGCGCUGCUAGACAUGGGGAAGCGCUUUUGGACAGUGUACGGCAAUUAACUGGAAAAGGAACGGCUGACCGAUUGGGAAAUGUUGCUGCAGUAGAAAGAUUACUCGUUCAGUUGGAAGAAACCGAGCGAACCUUCGACUUAUUUUGGUCGCAUCAUAGCUCACGUUUGAGACAUUGUCUUGCUCUCAGGCAGUUCGAACAAGAUUUUCGAGAAUUACAAGCGACGUUGGAUCAGCAUUUGAAAACGGCGGAAGAAAUGACGGAAGUCGGCGAGACGCAAACAAGAGUUGAUCAAUUACUGCAUGACACAUCGGCAUUUCAACGAAUAUGCAGAGGAGACAUAGAUCGCGCAGAGGAGGUGAUAUCCGCCGGUCAACAACUGUUGUCAGGCAGGCAUCAGUGCCCGGCGGAUGUCGUGGAGCCCAAGUGCGUGGAGCUGCAGAGAGUCUGCACCAUUCUCAGUCAGCGACUGGAGAGACGACUGCACAUGCUGACCAAGUGCAGAGAGCUCAUGGAGCGUAUAGAUAAGGCCAACACUUGGUGCACGCGAGGAAUAGAAUUGCUCGCGUCGCAGAACAGCACCACGCCAGCGGAUCAAGCGCUCCAGGAAUUGCAGCAGUUGAUCGAAGCUGCGGAGGAAUUCCACCAACCCCGAUGUAUCUUCCAGGACUCCGUAAUGCCGGAGACUAAAGCGCUCAUCACGCAAGUUCUGCAAAGGAUAGAAGAUGUAUCUGUAAUGUGCGACAAGAGAAUAAUGGCACUAAAGCAGCAGUUGAUCAAACCAGCCAGGCCAGUACAAACUGUCACUCCAGAACCAGUCAAACCUUUGCAAUCACUGCCUCAAAUUGUAAAGCCUGGCCGAGUUCUCAAGAAAGCCAACACCAUGCCAAAGAUGGAGAUGAGCCCUAUAGAGGGAGAGUCAUCGUCUCCGGAAAGCGAACCUCGGGACGUUGAAGCCCUGCGCUUAAAGCGCGGCCACGUGUUGGCGGAACUCGUGGAAACCGAGCGAAUCUACGUCGCCGAGCUCGGCUCGAUUAUCAAGGGCUACAAGAUGGAAAUGACGAACGAGGCGAUGGCUCAUCUGAUACCCGCCGCACUGGUCGGCAAAGCGGACGUGUUGUUCGGCAAUUUAGAGGAUAUUUAUAUUUUUCACGGGGAGACGUUUCUAAGAGAUUUGGAGAAUUGCAUUUCGAAUACUGAGCUUGUCGCUUUGUGCUUUGUUCAAAGGCGCGAGGUAUUCUUUAGAUUGUACAGUUACUAUUGUCAAAAUAUUCCGCGAUCUGAGAGAUUGCGCGAACAGAUACAAGGCGAACCGCAGUUUCUCGCAGCCUGCCAGCAGAAACUCGGCCACAAACUGCCGCUCGCUGCCUACCUUCUCAAGCCCGUUCAGCGAAUUACCAAGUACCAGUUGUUGUUAAAGGAUUUGUUAAAGUAUAGCGACGAGCCUUCGUGCUGCACAGAGUUGCAAGAGGCGCUGGAUUGCAUGCUAGUCGUGUUGAAGUGUGUUAAUGAUAGCAUGCAUCAAACUGCAAUAACAGGUUUUGGAGGAGAUCUGAGUGCACAGGGUGAAUUGUUGUUACAAGGUUCAUUUAGCGUUUGGAGCAGCAGUAAGCGAGAGCGACUGCUGCGACUAAAACCGUCUCAGCGACAUAUUUUCUUGUACGAGAAGGCUCUGAUAUUUUGUAAGCACAGCAAGCCUCAAGCCCACAACAAAGCCAUGUACCAUUUUAAGAGAUAUUUGAAGAUGUCACAGAUUGGUUUGACGGAGUCGGUAAAAGGCGAUGCUAGACGAUUCGAGAUAUGGUUGCAAGGUAGAGCGGAGGUUCACACGAUACAAGCGACCAGUAUCGAUGUCAAACAGUCCUGGGUGCGUCAGAUCAAGGGUGUUUUAAUGUCGCAAUUAGCCGAACUCAAAGGGAAACAGAAUUCGGCUCUUGGAAAAUCCAAUCACAAGCCGCUGCGACAAACAAUUUCGUGGGAAGCACAAAGCAGUUUAUCGGGAUCUCUGCGAACACUGUCCGUCGACGGCAACAGCGUUAUCUCGCACAUGACUGACGUGUCACAAUCCACGGAAGACGACGUUGCUUGGAGUUCGGAAAACAGUAAUACGGAUGACGAAGACGCCUUUGGUGACAACCCCGGACCGGCACCUGGCGGUAGAUAUGUGGCGUUGGCCGAUUAUUGUGCAGUAGGCCAGUCGGAAGUCACUAUGCGCGAGGGUGACACCUUGGAGCUUCUGAAAGUCGGCUGUGCCGGCUGGUGGUUCGUCAAACUGGUCGGCACCGGCGUGGAAGGUUGGGCGCCCGCAGCGUACCUGGAACCGAUCAGUCGCAAGACGUCCCGUAGUUCGCAGUCGGUGAACAGUCAAGAGGCUAUAUGAAACAGGCGAUUAACACACUAGAGAAUUCAAUCUGGUGUGUUAAAUCUUCGCUCGUUUCUCGCGAUCGCCAAUUGUGGUCGAGAAACAUUCAACCGUUGAAAACGGUCCUCGAGAAUUUUCCACGUGGCGGUUGAUCGGUUUUUGGAGAUCUUUUACAGCAUUCAAAACAAUGAUGAGUUGCAUCAUUUUAUUGUAUCUUGUACAAUACGGCGUACGCUGACGCUUGUUAAGCGAUGCCCCUUGCAUUUGCGAUAUGAAGAGUGUUAAGUUGAACGGGUCAAGAUAUUUUUAUGUUACGAGAAUUUUACACUGAUGCAUGCGAGGAGGAGGAUGGUACUGAAGCGAGAAGCGUUCAUGUUCCACACGAUUGCAAACAGUCGGAAUGAGGAGUUUCGCUCGCGCCAACGUCAGAGAUGAGUGAACUCGUUCGCGAGCACCGAACGACGUUUACACUGAAUUGUACAAAAAAACGUAUAACGUUGAAUUAAGUCGAGAUAUACAUACGUGCACGCACAAUGGAUUAAGACGGUCUCGUAUCGCGAUCACUAUUAAUACACAUUUCUAUAACAAUAACUGUAAUGAACAAGAGAUGAAGGUCCACCUAUAUGUUGAACGCAUUUCUCGUUCGGUUACUUACACUUCGUUGGGAAGAAUCUGCAUGAAAAAGUGUAUAAGCGUAAGCUGUAAAUGGUAGUUUUUACUUGCGACCCGGGUAAUCAAAUAUCGGCUGUACGCAAUUAUUCCAAAGUUUAAUAUUGUUGUAAGAGACGCGCGAAACACUUUCGUCCAUUGCAUUCUACUGACGACACCUUUUUUCUGCCAGCUGGAUAAACCUCGACGAUGCGAAACAAUCUUAUCUUGGCGUGGUGUAUUCCGCGGUGUCGUGAGUAAAUACGACGUCGAUCGCGGCGCGCCGUCGGAUCGACGUCGUCACCGAUCGCGUCGAAUUGUGUAUCAUUAUUCGUUGGUUUAGAGUUCUUAAGUAGAGUCCUAGAUGCGUCGUCAUCACAAUCGAAUAGUACAAUUUAGCACAGUUACACGGGCUUUCGAGAGUAUCUUAGAUGUUUUGUUUGCGGCGGGGGAGGGGCGGGGUGGAGGUUGCUUCUGGGAUCGAGUAUAAAGUAUUUGCAAAGACUAUCGAAGAUAAAUCCUCGAGCCUUCGAAUCGGAAAAAAAAUAUGUGAUACAAACGUUAGAUCGACGCUUCUGCAGAUUAAUCGCUGUAAACACAUGCAGAAAAAGAACAUGUUCGAAUUGUAAAUGUUUAAGUAAUUAUAUCGCCAUUCUUAGAAUGUUAGAUACAUUGUUGACGAGUCGUUGCGACCAGAUAAGCUUGAGAUAUUAUUAAAUUUAACAAUAUGUAAACCGUUUCGUGAGAGUGGUGGGAGAUCAAAGAAUCAUAUGCAACCAUGUACACAAAUUUUCUAGCAGGCUAAAUACGGUUAUAACACCAAGUAAGACGCAAUAUCCGAUAACCGAGAUAAAUCUUAACACCUAAUACUUUAAGAUUAUAAUAAGCAAUCUCAAUUCUAGCGGAUUUCAUAACCCACCAAUUUCAUAAGUCUCUUAUAUAAACGAUGUAUAAUAGUAUCAUUUGUACUGAAACAUUUGUAUGAAUAACGGAUAACAUAAUUUAAGGGAUUAUCUUGAUCGCACUAUGAUUUCCUUCUCCGGUGUAUAUUAAUUAUGUCCGCUUCAAUAAUGUACACAAGGACAUAAUUUUCGUCGCAACUUUUGAUAUAGCCUACAUGAGUCUGAGUUUUUGAUAUUUAUAAUUUUUGGUAUUUAUAAUUCGCAUAUUUUGUAUAGAGCACAGUUACAUGAUAUUUGUUAGAUAGAUAUAUUUAUUGAAUAGAGAAUUAUUUAUAUCGCGAUAAACAGUAUUGCAUUGUGUCAGUCUUGAUGCAGGCUGAUUUACAGCAGUCGGUGUAUUGUAAAUGAGAUAUACAAGAUAUUGAAGGCUAUAUAAUUUAUGCAAUUUUGUAAUAUACAAAUUUUUGAAUAUACUAUGUAAACGCUGAAACACUAAAAUUAAGUAUACACACACGAUAGGAAUUCGUUUCUGUCGAAGAAAAAGAAGUCUUUGUGCUUGUAGAAGUUGCACUUUACAAGUCGUAUGUUUCCUUUGUAUCAUACAGCUUUUACUUUCCACGUUUCUUUAGCCGCACGUAGAGCCGUAAUGUGUAUGUCUUCGUACAUUCAUCCAUUUGUACGCCGUCCUUGUAUUGUCCGUAAGAUUUUAAUCAAACGAGCAUAUUGUUGGUUCGAAAAAGAUCCACGUUUUCUCAACGCGUCCCGAUUACGUUGCAAUAUUACAAGCUCACAGGGAUUUACAGCCGAAAUGAAUGCCGCGGUCGACUGCAUUUACACAAUAGCGAUCCUAUGUAAAAAAAAAAGAUGUUAUCUUAGAACAGUUUGAAAUCCUGCUCAGUAUACCUGUCGUUUACGAACACUUCCGCAAACUUGAACGCGCGAUUACUUCACCGGAAGUCGUUCGCGCGAGCGAUUUUUCAUCUGCGUAAAAUCGCGACUGAGCGACCAAGUCAAGGUGAUACCUAAAACACAUGCAAGACACAUUUUGUAGAAACUAUAAAUAUAUACAUACAUAUAUAUACAUAGACAAUAAUUAUAUAUGUUUGAAAGAUACAUGGCAAACGCGUUCGUUCGAAUAACGAUUUCAUGAUAUAUACAAUAUAACUCCCAACGACCGGAUUAAGCGAUACUUCCCUCCGCGACUACAAACGCAGCAAAUAGAAGCAGAUUUCUGCGAAUGAUUCUCUUACCGUGGGCGGAAUUAUGAUGCUACCAGAGAUCGCACGAGCGCACACGCGUGCGUGUGCAAUCUUUUGGAAAAGGAAAUAGAACAAAAACAAAGACUCACUUCCUUACAGACGGUUCUUUUCGUCGUUCCUCGUCGGCAAGAGAGUGAUAGUAAAGUCUAUUUUUGCAUAUAACAUAUAAUAACGAGGCUGCCGAAAUCUCUUCUAUUUGCAUCACGCAUAUGUUAGCACGCGACCAUUUCUCAUCGACCGUAAUUAAAAACCGUUAAAUGCGUUUUCCUUUUGUUUCUGAUUAUAGAUUUAUUUCUUGAAAACAAUUCCGGACUUUUUUUUUAUUGUUACAUGUCUGUAAUUGUAAGUUGUAUAUUGUAAAUUAUUUAAGUACUUGCGAGAGAGGAAAUUACUCGGAUCUCAAAAACAAAAUGAAAGGAAUAUUUUUAUAUAGGAUGCAAAAAGAUUGCUCAAGUUUAAGUUUUAAUCAUGUUAAACGAUUUUAUGAGUUUUGAACGUCUGUUUAUUGUGUUAUGUUAGAUUACAUUCGAUGUGUCAGUGUGCGUUCAAUGGUAGGCACAGACGUGGUGCGAGUACAUCACGAACAAACGAUCACUUUUAAUUGUUACGCGUCUUCUUCAUCCGCUCACCGACCUUUGAAAAGAGAAUGGAAUACUGCGAUUUGCAAUGCAUUGACUGUACAGUCAAGCAUGGAAUUUUGUUAACUCGUCCGGACCUUGCGUACAAUCAGUUGUCAAACUUGUAUGAAACUGCAAUAUUAAACGGGAACAUUAAACAUGAAAAUUCAGAUGCAGCAACAA